AAUUUUCAAGGUCAUUUUAUUUGCGGCAGUUUCUUCGAAUAAACUGGGAAUCUGCUUUAACUAUUUGGGUAUUUAAAGGUUAAUGCAUAUAUUUUUAAAGGGCAGAUAACAUCUUUCGAUUAGAUGCGAACCUAGCGAAUCAUUUCACAUUAAUAUUUAUUAUUUCUCACCUAUUCCCGAAAUAUACACCAAUUUUCCGUUUAAUUAAGUAAUAUAAAGAAGGACUACGUUUCUAUUUCAGCUACUAGAAAAAUAUGGCUACAGGUUUAUUGUUCAGAGCAGGCACUUCAUUACUUAGACCUUGUGCCAGGAGUCUACCUGCCUCCCAUCCUGCAACAUUCUUCAACUUGGGUACAAUACAAUCAGUGACCAUAAAUCGUCUUCAACUAGACAAACAGGAAAAAUUAACUUUUGUUGACUACAAGAAAAGGACUUUGUCAUCAUUAUCUCUAAGCUCAUUGGUGAAAUCAUGUCCACCAGCAUAUCAGCCGUAUUUGAAUCUAAUAAGAUUCGAUAAACCUAUCGGAACUUGGCUGUUAUUCCUGCCAUGCACCUGGGCAAUUGCUCUCUCAACACCGGCAGGCUCGCUGCCUAGUUUAUACAUGCUGGGCGUAUUCGGAUUGGGUUCUUUUUUGAUGAGAUCAUCUGGUUGCAUAGUAAAUGAUCUUUGGGAUAGGGACUUCGAUAGGCAGGUAGCUCGCACUAAAAGUAGACCUUUGGCAAGUGGAGAUUUGUCGUCUUUCCAAGCUCUUUGCUUUCUAGGCCUAAACCUCAGCGCUGCACUAGCAAUAUUACUUUCCUUUAACUUGUAUACAAUUAAAUUGGGAUUUCUAGCAAUGGUUCCUGUUAUUCUAUACCCCUUGGCGAAACGGUUUACCUACUGGCCUCAGGCCGUGUUAGGAGUUACUUUCAAUUGGGGAUGCAUGAUGGGAUGGUCAGCAACCCACGGAACUUGCCUUUGGUCAGCUGUUUUGCCUUUAUACUUUGCAGGAUUUUCCUGGACAAUUCUUUAUGAUACAAUUUACGCCCAUCAGGAUAAAGAAGAUGAUGCUUUAAUUGGUGUCAAAUCUACGGCCUUAUUAUUCGGGGAUAAGUCGAAGAUCUGGCUAACAGGGUUUGCAGGGGUGAUGAUUAGUGGCUUAGUAGCGACUGGAGUCGUGUGCAAUCAGACGUGGCCGUAUUUUGCAGGGGUCUGCGCCGUAGGCGCUCAUUUGGCAUGGCAAAUAGGUACUGUUCGGCUAGACGUUAAUGAUGAUUGUGCAGCGAAAUUUCGCUCCAACAAGUCACUCGGCCUUCUGCUAUUCGCUUCCAUUAUGCUAGGCAAUUUAAUGAAGGAGGAAGAAAAAGCGGACAAUUUAGAAGAAACUAAAUGA